UAUCUCGUCAGCGCUUUCUCGCAAUACGCACCGAUGCCCACUUCUAAACAUUCAAGAUGUUUCUUAUAGAGCUUUCAACUGGCGUCUGAGAUUAGAGUUUCGAAAGCGUCUGUACGUUGGCGCUAUGACGGUACACUUCGACCGUAACAGGUACCAGGUAGAUGGUCGCAGUGCCAUUUUAAAAGAGCCUCAUAAAACUUUCUAUGAAUAUGUUCAGACUUCAUUUUACCUACUAGAGGUAAGUUAAGUACGUAGAGCCCCAAACUUUAAAUUCACCAAGGUUACUGUGCCUGUCAGUGCUAAAACAGCUCCUCGAAGUAUAAAUGCUCGUUGAUUUCCCAUGACAUUCUAUUUCCAGCAUGGUGCUUAAAGUUAGUCACUUUGACCUAUUUACCUUCAAAAACGCGUUUUCUGCUUUCUCUAUUUAUAUUUGUCAAUAAGUUCUUCAUCCUGCUAUCACAUAUCCUCAUAAUAUGAAAAGAUACAUACGAAAAUACCACCAUUACUUACUUUCAAUUUGGUACAUAUAUAUGAUAUCGGGGUCAAACUGAGAGAACUUGUCGCAAUCAUGUUCGGAUUCAAACGUCUCUAUCGCCACACGGCGGAAACCAAUAACCAACAAAGGAUUGCUGAAGGCUCCUGGUGGGAGAAUAGGCUGAUUCCUUACAUCGAAACGAACAACAUCCACACCCGGGAACAACUAGACGAUUUAACAAAACGAUAUAUACCCACCUUGAAGACACUUAGGAAGCUGUGUCCCGAUGCCGUUUUCGUGGCCUUGGACAUCAAGCCCGUGUUAGGAGUUUUGGGGGUAUUUGAAGUCAACCUAGCACUUUUACCUGAGCUGCACAAGCCAACAGCAGGGGCCGAUAGUACGAGGCCAUCUCUCGAGGAAUUCGUGCUGGAGAACGAUGUAAAGGCCGUGUCGUUGAAGAUCAAGGUGAUAGGCCGAGAUGAUGACGCCAAGCUAAGAGCAAACUCAGCACUCGUCAAGGCCUUGAACAAAUUUUGCGAGAGUAUCCCAUCACAAAAGCUCGCACUCAUGGGCUUCUCUCUCCAAAAGGACAUCGAAUCCAUGGGCUUGAACUUCGCGGAGUACAUCAAAAUGUUUCCCCGUUGGAUAAACCCCUCAAGGAUGAUCGAAGCGACUUCUCCAGGCUUAGCCGGCCUCACAGCUAACAUAAGGGAUAUCCUUAACACCUUUGGCUACGUCUCCACGACGGUACGGAAAUUUGGGUAUAAGCGCGUAUUCAUCAAUGAAGCGGUUAAAGCAUUGGCCGUACUGGACGGGUUGCAAUACUGGACGAACAUAGAUAAGCUCGUCGUAAAAGAGCGAAAGCUGCCCGGAAUUGAGGUCGAAGCUCGGGCGGAGGCUUUCAGAUUCAUGCCGUACAAAGCGAACGUCCAUCGCGGAGGUUCAUCUCUGCCUUUCAGCAUUAACUCUGCCCAUAAGCUGGCUGUCGCAAUACAAGACUACCGACCUAUUGGAGUUGCCGCCGACAUAUCCGACCCGCAGUAUCGGCAAUUUCUACCAUGCUUUCCUGGCGUUUACACGGUGGGUAUAACCCGAGGGUGCGUCUGUUUCAAGGACGAGGAGGCAUUGGAAAAGUUCGUAAAAGACUUUGAUGGUCGCGCCAUAGACGGAGUGACAAUCAAGGUUGAGAAGGUUCCCCAUCAACCAUUCUGGAAGUUGGUAGGGGAGUAUCUGAAGACGAAGGGUACUUCUCUGCGGGGUCAUCUAGAGCUGGUGGCAACUUCGGCCAGAGAGAAUCGACCACGAUGGAGCGAGUUAUUUGCUACGUCAACGGAGAGGCUCCCAUGGUGCCCUAAUCCGGAGGACGCGCCUCCUCGCUACUACGAUACCGACAACUACGGCUUCGCUAAUCUCGGUUGAUUACCGAGGCUAUCGGAAGGCAUGACUAAAUGAAUUUAUGGGUCAAGAUGGUUUACGGGUUGCAUUUAUAUGUUUUGGUGGCUUAGAACUGGCCGGUUCAUUUAAUGCAUCCUAA